CAAAAGCAUUCAGGGAUACUAAUUUGUCAUAAAAAGAAAAUGUGGGCCUUCUUGGUGCUCACCCUUGUCCUUGCUGUUGGGGCAUCAGACAAUGACACAGCAGUUGAGGAAAAGCUUCAAAUAGCAAGAGGGAAACUGCUGGCUCCCAGUGUGGUCGGAUGAGGCAUAAAGAAAAUGCCUGAGCUCCAUCAUUUUCUUCUGGAGCGCUGGGCUUUAUACCACAACUUGGAGUACGAUUCAUCGGAGGAGAAGAAUCCCCGUCUGAUAUUCUAUAAUGAAAAGGACGAGGUUGUAAAGACUGUUGCCGUGAAGAAAAUGAAGGCGGACGAGAUCAGCAGCCUGUUGGACUCACUUGGUUUCUACAAGAGGUCCCAGAAAGGGGAAGAGGUGCCAGAGGAGUUCCAGCAUUUCCCCCUGCGCACCCCGAGGGAUGAACUAUGACGACACCUUGUGGCCGAACUCUGCCGCUGCAACCCCGGCCGCAUUAAUGACGAGUGGGGCCCCAAGGCCAAAACGAUAGGCCAGGCACCACUCCGAGGACUCGCUGGCCCCGGUGCAGUGUGUUAGUCAUGUCUGUGUCACUCUGUUUAUGUGCUUUAAAUAAAAAAAGCCUGUAAAAACUA